ACAGAAAAAGUUAUGGACAGAAUACUACUCCAAGGUCAGGCUGCCAGAAUUUGAAUCAAUUUACAUACAGAUUGAGCUGGAAAUUUUCAGAAAUUAAGGUAGUUACAAACCAGAGUUUAGCAUAAAUUUUUAAGUUAAAUCGGUACUUGAAUGGAUAAGCAAAAACAAAGACAAAGGUUAGAAGCUUACGGGAAUGAAAGAUGAGGCAAGUAACUCGACGCCGGAUGAAGAACAGACAAUCAACGCGGCGGAACCUCGAUGCCUACCACCGGCUACGGCGAUGGUAACGGCGACAAUGACGACGACUGAAAUGGAGGAGAGCGAAGUGUUGGCAGCGGUAGCGAUGAGAGGGUAAGUUUGAGAGUUUAUUUCUGACUCCGCAGGAGCUACAUCCUAUCCCGACUAACUUAUUGGGGUAGAUGGGAUACAUUUCAUUUUAUUAGGUUAGAGUGGGAUAAAGAAGAGGAUAGACU